UUCUCCGCACUAUAUCAUUUUGGGGUGUUAAUUCACAAGUGCCCGCAAGAUGGCGUCGUCAAGUUUCCGGAGUUCUGGGUCCCAGAAUAAACCACCCCCACCGCCAAUUCCGCCCCGCCCUUUAAUAGUGCCACGCCCCAGUAUGCUGCAGUAUGAGCCUCACGAGAGUCAGAAAAUCUCCAGAUCCAGAUUUAUAAUUUUGGUAUACCUGCUGGUCGUGGUAGUACUCCUGCUCGCCUUGGUCCAAUGGGAACUUGUGUCCUUCUAUAAACCCUUAUCCAAUUUAUUUUUGGCCAAGUACUGGCUGAGUGUGGCUUGUAUGGUGACAUCAGUUCCGCUUCUAGCGGUUUUUCUGAUCAUCCGUAAAGCUCGCUAUAUACCAAUCCUUGGAUGUAUUGGUAUUUGCACUUUGGCUGCCUAUUGUAGUGCACUAUACUUUUUGCUGUGCUUCACCAUAACUGCAAUUCUGGUAGUGACCUUUGUGCUCAUUGGUUCCUUUAUUCCCUGCGAUUUAACCGCCAAUGUGGCUGUAUUAUUUAUAAUUACUACCCAGCUUAUCAUGUACCAUGCCCAACUGAUCCGAGGUUGGCGUUAUGCGGAACUUUACACCACCGAUGGACUCUUUGCAGUGAUCAUCCUUUUCUGCCACUUUUGCAUUAUACUGAUGCUUUUCUGCUUCUGGGAUUGGUCAAAAGCAAACGAUGACGAUGAUUAUAACUCUGGUGAGACAGCUUACAAGGCUGUGUGGCUAACAACUCGGCUGUCAUUCGAGAUUUUUUGGGUCAGACCACUCAGGACGACAGGACUACAGGACAUCAGGCGCCUGCUAAGCCUACUCGUCGACAUUAUAAUAACAUCCAUCAUUCUGGACCACACACAAAUGACAACAACUGCCGAAAGUUUCACAGAAAUAAAAAUAUAA